ACACGACGUGGCAAGGAAGCAGUUCACUUCCGGCAUUUCUUGCUGUGUUGACAUCCGUCUCCCACUGUCAUAUCUUACGUCUGUCAAACCGGACUUCCUCGGACCUCGUAGUAUCUUCCAACCCACCACUCGGGCCGGUGUGGGUGCGAGGUGAGCGGGCUGUUAUCUUGCAUGAGGAGCGGGCUGUAGGAGCUCGGCAGCCGGACUGGAGAGAUGGUGUCUGGGCUGCUGACGGUGUUCCUCGGGGGGCUGCUGGAGGUCUGCAGCGGCGUCUCGGCAAACAGAGGAGGGUAUCCCUCCUUCACAGACGAAAUACCUUUUAAAAUCAACUGGCCAGGCGCUGAAUUCACGCUGCCGGCCACAGGUGCACUUUACAACGAAGACGACUUUGUCAUCAUGACCACAGCAGAGAAGGAGAAGUAUAAAUGUCUGCUGCCUUCCCUGACCGCCGGAGACGAGGACGAUGAUAAGGAGUACACUGGGCCGAGUCCCGCUGAACUGCUGGAGCCACUCUUCAAACGAAGCAGCUGCUCCUACAGGAUCGAGUCAUACUGGACGUAUGAAGUGUGCCACGGAAAGCAUAUAAGACAGUAUCAUGAAGAGAAGGAGACUGGUCAGGUCAGUGCUAAGAUUAAUGUCCAGGAGUACUUCCUGGGGAAUUCGGCACAGAAGAGCCAGUCAACAGAGACAGAUAAAGAGGAAGCAGAAAACGUCAAAUCAGCAGCUGAAACAGAAGUGUUCACAAAGAACAUAGAAGGUCAGCUGACUCCUUACUUCUCGUUCGAGAUGGGAAACGGGACUCCUUGUGUCCUGAAGCAGAACGAGGCCCGCUCCACGUCUGUGCUGUACGUCUGUCAUCCAGAGGCCAAGCACGAGAUCCUGUCUGUCGCUGAGGUCACCACCUGUGAAUACGAGGUGGUGGUGUUGACUCCGCUGCUUUGUUCGCACCCAAAAUAUAGGUUCAAGUCCUCCCCGGUGAAUACCAUCUUCUGCCAGGCUCUGGCAGGCUCCCCUUUGCGGCCUCAACGGCUCGCUCAGCUGGACAAGGAGCACGAGGAGCAGCUCAAACCGCCUUUCAGUGCCACAACUGAGAUCAGAGAGGAGGAGGCGCCACCAGUGAGAGAAGAGGCCUUCACCUCCACUCACAAACCCAUAACUGUCGGUGGGCAGACUCAGGUCACCGUCGGCACCACUCACAUUUCUCGCCUGACAGAUGACCAGCUCAUCAAGGAGUUCCUCAGUGGCUCAUACUGUCUGCAUGGGGGUGUCGGGUGGUGGAAAUAUGAAUUCUGUUAUGGAAAGCACGUCCAUCAGUACCACGAGGAAAAAGAACAAGGGAAGAAUAUUGUGGUGGUCGGGAGCUGGAACGCUGAGGAGCACAUCGACUGGGCAAAGAAGAACGUGGCCCGGUCCUACCAGCUCAGAGACGACGGAGUGCAGAAAGUCAAGUUGGUUUCCCACUUUUACGGCCACGGGGACGUGUGUGAUCUGACCGGGAAGCCCAGGCAGGUCAUUGUCAAGCUCAAGUGUAAGGAGUCUGAGUCUCCCCAUGCUGUCACUGUCUACAUGCUGGAGCCUCAGACUUGUCAGUACGUCCUUGGGGUUGAGUCUCCGGUCAUAUGCAGGAUUCUUGACACCGCUGAUGAACAUGGACUUCUGUCAAUCUCCAGUUAAAGUGACAACAAUCAUAUGACGGCAACGGCGCAUGAAGGACAAGGAGAGAACAGACGGAGAGAGACUGCACUUAAAGAAAGAGGAGACUUGUCAUGAAAGAAGAAGCCCGUGCUGUGGAGGAAGAGAGAUGCCCAUGACACUGCGCUAAAAGCCAAAAUAAAGGUCAAACUUGAUCCUGAGGGUGGACUACAUGUAGCCGAGGAUCCACGGCCUCGGCCCUGAUCUGUGCAAUGCUAAAUCACAGCCUGCAGGCAAGCUCAGACUUUGUGAAAACUGUUAAAUGGGGCUGACGCCUCACUCCACACGGCAGUGGAUUUAUUGCCAGUGCAUCAUAUCUAUGCGUAAUUUUGUGUUGAUAAAUUGUGAGCAAAAGAGUAAUGAAUCAGGGGAUUUGAAAUUAUCAGGGGAUAUUCAGUGAAGUUUUAUUGUCUUUAAGGUGUGUACUAGUGUGUGUAUUAGCGUGCGUGUGAGUGAGUGUGUGAGAAAUGAUGACCUGCUUGACUGCGGACAGCAGUGAGAAUGUGUGUUGUGUUAAUUGACAGGAUGACUGAGUGUAACUUAUGCAUUAAAGGCUGCUGUGGAAUAGAAACAAAAGUGAGCGGUUGAUUAAAAACAUUUCUGUCUAAGUUUGUGUGGGAUGUACAGGAUGUCUGUGGGUUCCUAGAAGAGGUAUUCUGUGGUUGUAUGAUGAUGCACACUGGGAUCCUGAUCACUGCUGUAUGACGGGGAUGAAACCGAUGCAUUUGCGGCAAAGAAUAAAGCUAAAACAUGAGCAUCU